UAUCCUUAUCACUUUCUGCCGUGAACGCUUGUAUCUAUGGAGAAAAUUACUUGUCUUGUUUGCAGAUGAGGAUAGCUUUUCUCGCUCAAUUAUGGUUAACCGUUGCCUCACAGAGAAGUCCAAACAGUUCUAACCGAGAUGAAAACGAAGUUCUCGGAACACCCGACGUACAAUGUAGUGAAGAUGCUAUCACUUUUUCAGUGCGAACAUCAGCUCCAUUCAAGAAACCCUACAUUCAAAAUUCUCCUCUUCUUCUGAGGCAUUCGACUACCGAUAGUCAUUACAUAUCGAUGCCACUUUUGUUCUUUGGCAACCAUCUUAUCCUAUUCCGGAGGAUAGCGCGAAAAGAUAAAAUCAAAGUAAAAAAGACACCGAUCUGUAACAUUCUAUUUUUCGUCUUCGAUAGGGAUGAUUUAGUAUUUCUCAAAUCACUGUAUACCGUACAAAAGAAGUCAUUCAGGGGCAAUAUCUAUGUCAAAGGUCAUUACGGUAUGGAUAGUUGUCGGCAAGAGUACUACGGUAAUGAUUUUCCCGGUGCUACAUUUGUGGUUCGCAUCGGCGACUGCGGAAUGCGACGAAUUCGACAGCUACAACCACAUGGAAUGAACUAUGUGCUGACGUUUGUCGCAAAUUUUCACCCGCAUUUCAUGACUAAAGUGGAUCGAGCCUAUAAUGUCCGCUGUUUUUAUGCAUAUAUCGACAAGACAGUCAAUGCGGAUAUGGAUGUGAGAGAUUACAGUAAUCUACCAUCUGAGUCAUUGGAACAGCAGUCCACCUUAAUGCCCGAAUGUGAGUAUUCUAUUCGCGAAGGAUCUCCUGAUGGACAACGCGUCAGAACAUCUUCCAUUGGCGCAAAUCUUGUGCACAGAUGGGAUUGCAGGACUAGCAGUAAGAAACUUUGCUUAUUUCGUUUUAUUUCCUUAUUUGCAAAAGAAGUGGCUGAAUGCAAAAGCGAUAGGUCCCGGGGAGAUUUGAACUCCACGCUUGCGCAAAAGAAUAGGUCCCGAUGUCCGUAUGCCCUACCGAUCCAACUUCGACCGAUCAAUUAUGAUCAAUCGCUCUCGUCUGCUUACAUGGUAGUCGAGGCUUUUGUCUUUCCGGAUCGAAGUAAUGUACAAUUCCAAUGUCAAGUGCAAAUUUGUGACAAAAGAGAUAACGAGUGCCUUGGGAUUACGCCGCCAAACUGCCCGCUUAUGCCUCGAAGUGAAUUUGUCCCCAACUCUGUUGUUGAUCCAUCCGUAAAUCCUACUCAGGUAAUAGCCACUUUUGAAGGCACGCUUCGCUCAGCAAUGGGUAACGCAGUUCUUGAUGGCACACUUCAUCCGCCAGGACAUAAACACUGCCCGUAGUG